AUGCAUCUCGUGUGGGAGAAUUUGAUUCCCAACCUUGUCCUACUCUGGACCGGAAAGUUCAAGGGGCUCGAUGAAGGCCAAGGGGGUUACGAGCUUGGACCUACUGUCUGGGAGGCCAUCGGGGCUGCUACUGUGAAGGCAGGAGACACGAUUCCAUCAGCCUAUGGACCACGUGUUCCCAACUUGUCGACCGAUUCCUCCGCCUACGUCUCCGCCGAGAUGUGGUCUUUUUGGACACUGUACAUCGCACCUGUGGUCCUUCGUCGACGAUUCCGUCAGCAACGAUACUAUGAUCACUUUGUCCGUCUUGUCCGACUCCUACAUCUAUGCCUUCAAUUCGACAUCACGGAGAAGGAAAUUGACACGAUUGAGGAAGGAUUUAAUGAUUGGGUUAGUGACUACGAGAGACUGUAUUACCAGGGCGACCCCGCACGACUACCUAUAUGCCCAGUUACCAUUCAUGCAUUGCUGCACAUAGCAGAAAGUAUUCGUGUAAUGGGUCCAGUCUGGUGUUAUUGGGCAUUUCCGAUGGAACGUUAUUGUGGCAAGCUGCAACCCGCAAUCCGGAGCCGCCGAUUCCCAUAUGCGUCGCUCGAUCGAUUUGCUGUUGAAGAUGCACAGCUCACGCAGAUCAAGAUGGUGCAUGGGGUAGCUGAAGAGCUCUCUCUUGAACCUGAAACUAACCCUCAAUCCGGAUUUACCCAUGCUGCCUAUCAAUCUUGCAUUCUUCUACCUCCAUCCCGAGCACGCGCACCUCCCGACAAUCAGCUAUCUGUGAUAGCAUCCGCUCUUGUCACACGUGCCAUGCAAAAUGGUUUGAGCAACCAUCGCAGGCUCCCUAUCAGCAAAGUCAAGCAGUUACUGAAGGGUGCACGGAUUUCAGAGUGGGGGAAAGUUAAACGGGUUGACUCAGACGAGGGUGACACGAUGUGCUCGUCUACAUUAGGGAGGCGGGGCCAGGACCGGCGUGAUGCUACAUUUGUUCGGUACCAGAUUUUCGUCGAUAUCUACGCCCACCAUAGGAACAAGGCACCCAAAUACAAGCUAACAACAUUCUACGGCCAGAUCGAGCACCUCUACGCCAUCACCUUCGACGAUUCUGCAGCACGCCGAACGCUCAAGCUCGAAAACGACACGGUAAUCUUGGCAGCUAUACGACCAUGUGUUCUAGACGAGAUUGCACCCCCCAAAGACCUCGACAUCCACUAUUACUCGAAGAUGGGCGCGCUCGACAUUGUGGAUGUCAAGGCUGUGCAAGUAUUGAUAGGGAGGUUACCAGCGGGCAGCGAUGGCAUGGCUAUCAUCGACCGUAGUGGCUCUUUGGCAAGAGCUAUUGCAGUCGAUGAUGGUAACGAUGGGGAUGAUAGUGAUUAG